AUGAAUACCUCUUGUCAGCUAAGAGGUCAUUAUGCUCGUAUUUGUGUUCUAGUUGAUUUGGGGGAGCAGUUAAUGUCGGGAUUUUCAUUAGAUGGAGAGGAGUAUUACCUUGAGUAUGAGGGGCUCCAUAUGCUCUGCUCAAAUUGUGGUAUUUAUGGGCAUAGAAGUGAAGUUUGUCCAAAAAGAGAGAAAAAACAAAGAGCAGAAGGAAAUCCAAAUCCAAGGGCAACACAAAUGAAUCCAAAAGAGCAGGAAGGUGUGGUUAUUCAUGAAAGAAAAAUUACUCAAGACCAGUGGCGGGUGGUUCAGAAACCUCGCCGGCAAAGAAGAGUGAAAGAGAACAGGGGAGAAGCUAACCGGUCGGAAAAGGCCGGUUCUAGAUUCGGCGUUCUGGAUGACGUGGAAGAGCAAUGGCAUGAGGCAGAGCAUAACGAGAACGUACGGGAUGAGGUUGUGUAUUCCGUACCUGAGACACAGAAAUGGGCACAACGCACUAAUGCUGUACGAGCUUCAAAUGGAAAGAAAAAAAGCAUAGGGAGAAGACAACAGGAAAGAGAAAAUGUUGAGGGAGCGGCAACAUGGGAAGCAAACGAGAAGUUAAAGGAGCAAGUGAUUUCGAGGGAGACAAAUGAGAAAUUAAAGGAGAUGGAGGUAAGUAGAAAGUGUGAGAAGAGGACAAGGGAGAUGUUAGGGCGUGAAAUGAGAAGCAAUGAAAUUCUGAUGAUCACUAUGGAAGAAUGUAACGAAAAGACAAAUGAGGGGAAGAAUAUACCGGAGGGUGAAUUAGUGGAACGUGAGGUUGUGAACAUGAUGGAUUUGGGCCCAGGAGACAAAGCCCAACGUCCAAAGUCCUUCACUAAUUUGGAUGGGAUUAGGAUUGAGGAGGUGGACCCAGGUGAUCCUAGUAUUAGGCCUCCUUUUAACAAUCCAACGAGCUUGAUGCAAGAGGAUGACUAUGUCGAGAUCUCUUAUAUUGGAACACAAGGGGAGCCUGUAGUAAGGGGCUUCUCAGAAAUCUUAAAGCUAACGGAUUGGAGGAGUGGGUGCAACUUUAGUCGAAUUAAUUGGUUUCAAGAUAGAGUUCGAGAAUGUGGGUUAUCUGAUUUGGGGUUCAAUGGACCACAUUUUACUUGGAAAGGACUGAAGAUUUUGGGUGUUCUCGUCUAUAAACGUCUAGACAGAGCUUUUGUGAAUGAUGAGUUUCUGCUUCGAAUUCCAGAAGGUAUUUUAAAGGUUCUUCCCAGAACUCUCUUCUCGGAUCAUAAUCCUUUGGUUUUAUGUCUUCCUACUCAAAGUAAUGUUAAUAGAGGCAUAAAGCCUUUCCGCUUUGAAGCAAUGUGGCUUCAACACGAGAACUUUAAAGAUUUUCUGUGUGAAGCCUGGAAAAAUAAUGGCAUUAUCUCUAAGUCGUUAGCUAAUUUAAAGAAUGAUCUUUUGGAUUGGAAUAGAAGCACUUUUGGUUUUGUUGAACAGAAGAAGAGAACAAUUUUGAGUAGGUUGAAAGGAAUCCAGAACUCCUCGCCCUAUCCUUUUUCUCUCUUUCUGCGUAACCUGGAAAAAGAGUUACAGUCUGAUUUAGAACAAUUAUUGAAAGUGGAAGAGAUCAAAUGGUUUCAAAAAGCCAGGACUGAGUGGAUUACACGAGGUGAUAGGAACACUAAAUACUACCAUCUCAGGACUAAGUUAAGAAGAAGGAGGAACAAGAUCAUGACAUUGAAGGAUGACCAGAAUCGGUGGAUUGAAGAUGAAGUUGAAGUUAAGGCUCUGGUUCUUAAUUAUUUUAAAAAUCUUUAUAUUUGUGAGGAGCAAUCUUCUUGUGUUCUAUUUACGAGGACUAGUUUCCCCUUGAUAGAUAGAUCCACCUUGUUUGAUAUGAGCAGAGCACCUUCCGUUGAGGAAGUCAAAAGUGCGUUAUUUUCCAUGGGCCCUUAUAAAGCACCAGGAGUAGAUGGUUUCUCUCCUAUCUUUUAUCAGUCCAACUGGAGUAUUGUAGGAGCAAAGCUAUGCGAUUUUGUUAGAGAAGCUUUUCUUACCAAAAAUGUGGAGGUGGAAGAUAACAGAACGCUUAUUUCUUUGAUUCCUAAGAAUGAGAAUCCUCAGUUGGUGGGUCAUUUCAGACCUAUUUCCCUUUGUACGGUGCACUAUAAAUGCAUAACAAAGAUUAUUGCUAUUAGAUUGAGGUCUGUCAUGGAUAACAUUAUUUCUCCUUAUCAAACUAGUUUUAUUAAAGGGAGAAAUAUUCAAGAUAACAUCAUUGUGGGGCAAGAGAUUAUGCAUAUCAUGAAGAAAUCAAAGGGCAAAAAAGGUUUGAUGGCUUUGAAGAUUGAUUUGGAGAAGGCGUAUGAUAGGAUUAGAUGGGAUUUCUUGCAGCAAGUUUUAUUAGAAGUAGGAUUUGAUGAUGGGUUUGUUAAUUUAAUUAAAGCCUGUGUCUUUUUUGUUACUUAUAAUGUGCUAUGGAAUGGAUCUCAAACUGAGUAUUUUUCUCCAAUGAGGGGACUCCGGCAAGGGGACCCUAUUUCUCCCUUACUGUUUGUUUUGUGCAUAGAUAAGCUCUCGCACUUGAUCUGUGAUGCAGUUAAAGAUGGUAGUUGGAAACCAGUGAGAGUGGCAAAAGAAGGACCGUCUAUUUCUCAUUUAAUGUUCGCCGAUGAUAUUUUGCUUUUUGGAGCUGCAACGGAACAACAAGCUUUAUGUAUGAUGAGUUGUUUGAAUAAAUUUUGUUUGGCUUCUGGGGAGAAAAUUAGCAAAAGUAAGUCUACUAUUUUCUUCUCACCAAGAGUUCCAGCUAGGACUAAGCAGAGAAUUAAAGAGAUUACUGGGAUGAAUAUUUCUACAAAAAUUGGAAAAUAUCUGGGGUUUCCAAUCACUAGAUUGAGGAAACCGACAGAUACUUUUCAGUUUAUUAUUGAUAGAGUGAAGUCAAAACUUGCUGGUUGGAAAGAAAAUUGCCUUUUGAUGGCUGGACGCAUCACUCUUGCCAAGUCGGUACUCAGUGCUAUUCCUUUAUACCCUAUGCAAGUGUCAAAAAUUCCUAUAGCUGUAUGUCAUGAAGUGGAAAGAUUGCAAAGGAAGUUUAUAUGGGGACAUAGUCAGAGUCUACAUGGUUUUCAUCCUAUUAGAUGGGAUCAAAUGGUGUUGCCAAAACUCUAUGGAGGACUGGGUUUCAAGCGAUUGACUACUGUUAAUCAGGUUUGCGGGGCCAAAUUAGCAUGGAAGCUGGUGACUGGUGCAAAAGGUCUUUGGGUUGAGGUUUUGCUUCAUAAAAAAGUUAAGGAUUUGUGCCUUCGUCCUUUAACGGAAGAAGAAAAUAAUAGCAAAGUUGCAGAUUGGGUAUCUUAUGGAGCCUGGGAUUUUCAGAGAUUAUCAAAUCUAGUUCCAAAUUGUGUGUUUCAACGCCUUAUUACAACGUUACCUCCUUUGGAAGGGGCGGGGGAUGAUAUUCUAUCCUGGAAUGCUACUGUUGAUGGGGCAUUUACUCUAAAAAGUGCUUAUUACAUGGUUGAAAAAAAUCCUCCAAAUACUUAUAGUUUUGUUUACAAGGCUAUAUGGAAAUGGAGGGGAGCUGAGCGCAUACGCGUUUUUAUAUGGAUCGCCUUCAAUAAUAAACUACCCACAAAUGCCUGGCGAAGCAAAUGGUCUGCAACACAGGAUAUUUGUCCUUGCUGUAAUUUUGGGUCAGAAGAUGUGUUACACAUCUUAAGAGAUUGUGAAUAUGCUAGUGGCUUGUGGAAACAUUUAGUUCAUCCCAAGUAUCACUCUGCUUUUUUUGCUACACACCUGCGUGACUGGUUUGCUCUGAACCUUAAGAGGGACCUCGGUAAUAUUUCUAAUGGUAACUGGAACUUAUUAUGGGGAGUGAGUAUUUGGAAGCUGUGGUUGUGGAGAAAUAAUAGUAUCUUUAAUGAUAAUUUUAUAAAACCUUCAAAUCCAACAGCUGUAAUUAUGCAGACUUGGCGACACUUUGUGCAAAUACAAGAGAUGAAUUUGGCCCUAAACCAAUCACGGGGACAAGUGCCAGCUUGGCAACCACCUCCUAUUGGGUGGUUUAAAUUGAAUGUAGACGGUGCAAUGGCUAUGUCAAAGAAAAUGGCAAGGUGUGGUGGAGUGGUUAGAGAUCACAUGGGCAAUUGGGUGGUUGGUUUUUCUCAUUAUCUUGCCACAAGUUCGGCACAAGAGGCUGAGGAGUGGGCUAUCUAUAGAGGUCUCCAACUUGCUUGGGACUGUGGAUUCAAGAAAAUAAUCAUUGAGUCAGAUGCUAGAAAUAUUGUGGAUCUCUUAAAGAACAGCACGAUUAAUUCAAGAGGUAGUCUUCUCACUAUGCAGAUUUCAAGUCUUAUGAGACUGGAUUGGAGUUUAGAGUUGAAAGCUAUUCCAAGGGAGCAAAACCAGCUUGCGGAUGCACUUGCCAAAGAGGGUCUCUCUAGAUCUUCAUUUUUUGGUUCUUAUCCACCGAAUUUACUAGAUUUAGUGGCUAGCGAAAGAGUGGGAUCUGAUUCCCCCAUGAGUUGA